AUGGACAUCACCAGCUUUCCUUCUCCAAUGUCUGCAUCCUCAGAACCAGAGAAUGCCUCUCUCGCCUGGCCAGAAGACCCUUUCAUGGGGAACCUGUCUACAUCACCAGCUGGCACAGGACUAGAUGUGAGUGGUGUGCUGAUCCCUCUGGUAUACCUGGCAGUGUGUGUGGUGGGUCUUUUGGGCAAUUCACUGGUGAUUUAUGUGGUCCUUCGACACACUGUAAGUCCAUCAGUGACCAAUGUCUAUAUUCUCAACCUGGCCCUGGCUGAUGAACUCUUCAUGCUGGGUCUACCCUUCCUGGCUGCCCAGAAUGCCCUCUCCUACUGGCCCUUUGGCUCCCUGAUGUGCCGCCUGGUCAUGGCUGUUGACAGCAUCAACCAAUUUACUAGUAUCUUCUGUUUGACUGUCAUGAGUGUGGACCGGUACCUGGCUGUGGUGCAUCCAACCAGAUCAUCCCGCUGGCGCACUGCCCCAGUGGCCCGGGCAGUGAGUGCUGCUGUAUGGGUAGCUUCGGCAGUCGUGGUGCUGCCCGUGGUGGUUUUCUCAGGAGUCCCACAUGGCAUGAACACCUGCCACAUCCAGUGGCCUGAGCCUGCUGCAGCCUGGCAGACAGGAUUCAUUGUCUACACAGCAGCUCUGGGAUUCUUUGGACCACUGCUAGUGAUCUGCCUCUGCUACCUGCUCAUUGUGGUCAAGGUGCGCUCUGCCAGUCGGCGGGUCCAGGUGACAUCAUCCAAGCGGCGGCGGUCUGAGAGGCGGGUCACUCGCAUGGUGGUGGCUGUGGUGGCCCUUUUUGUGCUAUGCUGGCUGCCCUUCUACGUGCUGAACAUAGUCAAUGUGGUCUGUCCCCUACCUGAAGAACCUUCCCUCUUUGGCGUCUACUUUCUGGUGGUCGUGCUCCCUUAUGCCAACAGUUGUGCCAACCCCAUCAUCUAUGGCUUCCUCUCCUACCGCUUCAAGCAGGGCUUCCGAAGAGUCUUGUUACGGCCCUCAAGGAAGGUCCGAAAUCAGGAACCACCCACUGGGCCCCCUGAGAAAACAGAGGAGGAAGAGGAAGAAGAUGAGGAUGAUGAAAGAGUAGCUAGAAAGGAGAUGAAUGGGCGUAUCAGUCAGAUCAGCCAACCAGGCAGUGGGGGACGGGAGCUACCACCCUGUAGACCCUGUGGCAGCGAACACAAGCCUCUCCCAGAAGAGUUUACUGGAGGGGAGAAAUCCAGCACUUUGCAGACGAGCUAUUUGUAA